ACGUCACUGCUGCAGCUCAAAACAUCAUGGCCACUCACCACCGACCGUCAGCCGGUCAGGGGAAAAAAAAGGUCCAGGUUUCUUUUGUAAUCCGAGAUGAAGUAGAGCGUUAUCACCGUUCUGGUGUUAAUGCCUUGCAGUAUGAUCCCGUCCUUAACCGACUGUACUCAGCUGGGCGUGAUUCCAUCAUCCGAAUAUGGAAUACAAGAGCAAAUUCAAACAAGGAUCCCUAUAUCCAAUCAAUGGAACACCACACAGAUUGGGUAAACGAUGUUGUUCUUUGCUGUGGUGGCAGAACAUUGAUAUCUGCAUCCAGUGAUACAACGGUGAAAGUGUGGAAUGCCUACAAGGGAUUUUGUAUGUCUACAUUACGAACGCAUAAGGAUUAUGUGAAGGCCUUGGCUUAUGCAAAAGACCGUGAACAAGUAGCUUCAGCUGGUUUUGAUCGGGCUAUUUUCCUAUGGGACGUCAAUACACUGACGGCUCUUACUGCAUCCAAUAAUACUGUCACAACUUCCAGCCUUAAUGGUAACAAGGAUUCCAUCUACAGUUUAGCGAUGAAUCCUCCUGGAACAGUCAUUGUAUCUGGGUCUACAGAAAAAAUUUUAAGAGUGUGGGAUCCUCGUACGUGUCAGAAAAUGAUGAAAUUGAAAGGUCAUGGGGAUAACGUCAAAGCUAUUGUACUGAACAGAGAUGGUACUCAGUGCUUAUCUGGCAGUUCUGAUGGUACAAUUCGGCUAUGGUCAAUUGGGCAGCAGGUGUGUAUGGCCACAUUCCGGGUCCAUAAUGAAGGAGUGUGGGCGUUGCAGGCUAAUGAAUCAUUUUCAGUUGUGUACUCUGCUGGCAGAGACAGACGUGUAUGGGCUACAGAUAUAAGGGACCCUGAAUAUCGGACACUGAUAUGUGAAGAAAAAGCUCCUGUAUUAAAGCUUGAACUAUCCCAAACAGAUAACCAGCAAUCUUUAUGGGUUGCAACAACAGAUUCUUCCAUUUGUAACUGGCCAAUCAAGUCUCGAAACUCAAGGUGCUCAGGUGAUUACGAAAAUGAAAAGACAGUCCCUAUGUGUACGCAGCCAGAUUUUACUAUCAAAGGUGGAGCCAGCAUACGUCAGUAUUAUGUUUUAAAUGAUAAACGACACAUUAUUACCAAAGAUACAGAUGAUAGUGUUAUUUUAUGGGACGUUUUAACGGCUCGAAAAGUAGAAGAAUUAGGAAAAGCUGAUUUAGAAGAAGAAUAUAAAAAAAGGUUCAAAAUGGUUUAUGUACCAAACUGGUUUUCAGUAGAUCUUAAAACAGGGUUGCUGAUAAUUCACCUGGAAGAGUCAGAUUGCUUUGCUGCCUGGAUGUCUUCAAAGGAGCUUGGAAUUGCAACUCCUCCUGAUGGACCUGAUACAAAAUGUGGGACGACAGAUGACUCUACUGAUGCCUUAGUGGGAUUCCGGAAGCUAAAUAUUGGUGUAAUUCUAUUGCAAGCUCUAUUGGAAUAUUGGCCUCGAACACAUUUUGAUGAUGGUCAAGAAAUGGACAUGAAUGGCAGUGAAUGUGUGGAGCGUCGGGGAACUGGUCCAUAUUUUAGUGUACCAGGACAUACUCCAGUUAUAUUUAGUGAGGCAGGUGGAAGGACCAUGUUUCGUUUACUUUGCCGUGAUGCUAGCGGAGAAACAGAGCAGCUAUUACUAAACGAAACUAUCCCACCAUGGGUAGUUGACGUGGCAGUAAAUAGAGCAUCUCCCAAAUUCAAUAAAAUUCCAUUUUUUCUCCAACCACAUGCAAGUAUGGGAAUAAAAUUACCAAAAAAAGACCGGUUGUCUGCCAGUGAUGUGAUUCAGGUUCGGAAGGUCAUUGAACAUGUGUACGAAAAGGUUCUUGGUCAGGGCUCAGAUGCAGGUUCUCAAACAGCAAACAGCAAUCAUGAGAAAAGUGAUGGAGAGAAAGAUUCCGAAGACGUAACUUCUAUUGCAGAGGAGAAAGUGGAAAUUCUUUGUAAUGAUCAGAUUCUUGAUCCCAACAUGGAUUUGCGGACAGUGAAGCAUUUUAUUUGGAAGCAAGGUGGAGACCUCAUAUUACAGUAUCGGCGUAUAAAAUGAUGUUUUGAAGCAGCAUUGAGCUUGGUGCUCCAACUUAUCUUCUCAGGCUGCACCUACACAUAGCAAGAUGUUUUGCAACUGUUGUUUUGUGUACUCUUGCUAUAAAAUACUGCUCGCCAGAUGACAUUGUUUCGGACAUUCGAAUGCCUGGAACAAGUGUCGACCUCAGUGCCGAAGGGGUGUGGUAUUGACUUAAAAUAAUUGAAGAAGAAACUACAGUAGCUACUUGUGGGUAGCUGGACAAUCAGAAACAACAAACUGCCAGCGUGUAAACUAUAUUGCAGGACUUUCUCAAAUCAAUCUGCACAGCAGCUCAAACUCUGUCGUGACCAAGCUUGUAAUGUGUGCAUAUCCUCAUAUCUGAAUGUAAACUGUUCCCCCCCUAGGCCGUUCUUAUCUUAACUGAUGCUUUUACACUGUUGAUAUUAUUCUGUCUAACCUCAGUCUCCAUUGGUAUCUCGUUUAGUUUAUACAUCUCGAAUUUGUCCAAGUGCAAAGAGAUAUUUCUUUAGCACUGAUGUUUGGUCAAUUUUAUAAGCUGUUUGCAGUGAAAGGUGUCUUGCCACUGACCAAUUCCUGAUGCGUAGUUGCAACUCUCCUCUAGUUGCUUCACAUAACUCCUAACACUAUUAGUGCCUGAAAAGCAGUAUAACUCCUGGCAUCAUAUAAUUUUUUUGUUAGAUUCUUUUUUUUUUUUUUUUCUGUUCCUUUCAUAAUGGAUGCUAUAUUAUUCUCAUGGAUAAGACUAAAUAGACUGACAUCCUUACUCUCACUGUAUUGCAUCUACACAUCAUUUCUGGGUGGGCAUCCUGCAUAAAAAUGUGUAAGUGCAUGUGUAAAUAAGCGUGUGCUGGUGAAGAAAGAAGUGGAAAGAGCUUCUGGAAAUUUCCACUUCAUUCUUGUAGUAACAGUUAAGAGUAAGGAAGCAAAACGAGCAGGGUUACCUUCCUUAUCCAUGUCAUCCCAGAUGUCUUGUGGUACGAGGAUUAUCCACUGCUAAUCUAGAUUCGAUGAAUGCAAACCAUACAUGAAUUAAUGAAACAUAGUUGUUGGAUUUUAUUUAACUUUUUUUUUUUUUUUAUCAGAUUUGAAAUGAGCUGAUUAAUUUGGCUGUGCACUGUAAAGAUAACUUUUGACUGUGAUAGCAUCAAUUGGUACCAACUAUCAGGUUAUUUUGGUUCACCAAAUUGACUUCUGUCCUUUACUAAAGCAGUUUAAACUAAUAUGGCUGUUUUCAUUUCUAGUAUCAUUGUUGGCUUUUCUUUCUCUACCUUCUCUAAGUUAAAUCUAUUUUUUUAUACCUGUCAGCUGGUCAGUUGAUAAACUAUAUUUGAUGAUGGUUAAAUCAAGUUCGAGAUUGUUCAAAAGUCUUGCAAAUCAUUUCUAUGAAUUGCUAAUCUAAGUUUCCAUUUUCGGAAGGGAGGCAUACAAUCAGUGCUGAAAUAUGAUCAGCAAUGCUCUCACACUCUCUUCUUUUUAGUAUCAUCAUCAUGAUCAUCAUCAUCACCAUCAUCAAGGCCUGAAUGUUUUUUUUUUUUAAUUGUUAUGGUUACAGCCUUUCCAGUAGAGGAGUCUGUUUACUAGCCUUAUUACCUUCGUAACCAUCAAAAAUAAGUUACAGUUGACUCUUAGUUAUUCCAGCAUUUCAUCUUCAAAUGAAUGUUAUUUUAAAUUACUUUUACCAUUUUUAUCCUCUUUGUUUAUUUCUGAUUGUCUGACAGAAGAAACUCAAUAAUGAUGAUAAUAAUAAUGACAAAUUCCCCAGUAUUUAUUGUUUAAAAAGGAAUUUAAUUCUUCGUUUCUGUGAAGACAUUGUUGAGUGGUUUAGUGUUAGGAAAAGCAUUCAGUUUGAAGAAACACAAAAUCCAGAAAACCCAUACAUACACGUUCACAUUUGCAGAAAUAUCAAAUUGAUGCUAGAGAAUGGAGGAAAAAAAAAAUAAUAAUAAUGUAGUUGUUGAUGAUGGUGGGGUGGAAGGCGUCUGUAUUGGCCUACAUGUAUAACGCUGUCAGUGAUAUUGUUACAAAGAGGGUAUAUUUACAAUAUAGGGAAUCCUCAAACUUUCUGGACAGUCUAAUCUAGAGAGAUCUCAGUUAACCCCCCUACAACAAAGGGGGGAGGGACUGGUUCGUGGGUUAAAAGCUUUAUUUUUUUAAUUGAAUCUAUAGCAAUAUGACUGGUGUUUCUGCAGUUUUCCGUUUUCUACUUUAAAGGAUUCCCCCUGAUCCACCAUUCCUUAAUCUAGUGAAUGCAUUUAUGAAAAUACAUAAAAGUAAACAAAAAUAUUAAUGUUUAUUUAAGCCUGGUAAGUUGUAAAGGGAUUAUCCUUCAAAUCCCUUUCUUGUUGAAUACUUUAUACAUCAGUUGUUAAAUCUUCAUUUGCUCAGAAAACUGAAAAUUCUUCAGUUUCUUAUGAAACAGUUUUGGCAUAUUGAUUUCAAUGAAAUCAAUAACAUAGCAAAAAGACUAUUUUAAUAUUUUAUGUGAAUUUUUAAAAAAGUAAAUUCUCAGAACAAGCGAUUGAUUGAUAGUGUUUUUUUUUAUUUCUUAAGUUCCACUGUAAAAAAAAAACUUGUUCUAAAUCUAGAUGUGAAAUAGCAUGUAUGUGUGUUGUGUCUAUUCACAUACACACACACAUAUACAUAUAUAUAUAUAUAUAUACACACACAUUCAUACUCACACACAUACACUAUAAAUAGUAUACAGUGCCUCAGAGAAAAUGCUAUAUGUUUUUGGCAUAAACAGAAAACAAUCCAUUACAACCAAAAUGUAAGAUAUAUUCUAUGGAGAUUUUCAGUGUACUUGCAUUUUGUUUGCUUGUCAUAAUCAGGUUCUCAGGUGUAAAUUUUUUUGUAAAGUUCUAUUGCAUUCUGUUGGGAGAUGAAAUUCUUCGCGAUUUCAUAUUUCUAAUGUUUAGCAGAUUUUUCUGCACACUGCUAUUCUAUAACUUGAUGUCAAGGAAUUUAUUUCAUCUGUUCCAUUUCUCAACCUGCCUAAGUUUACUUAUCUCUAUAACAGCUAAUAGAAAUGGGCAGUUUGUUGUUUCGUUAUCUCUAACUUGUUAGACGAACAAUAAAGCUUUCUCUACUGAAAUUUUUAAUCGGUAUAUCUUGGAAACUCAUAAAUAUUACUUUGUUUCAUUGGCAGUAGAAUUCCUGUUUCCUAUAAAUGCUAAUUUCUUAUUACUUAUUUACCAGCUUUCGGUAAUUAAGCAAAUUAGUUAAGAUUAAAUGUGUUUAUUUUAGCAUAUAUCUUGUUUAUAUUUUAGUGUUUGUUUUGUUUUUAUUUCUCUCCUUUUUUGUUAAAGAAUAUUUUUAAAGGAAUCUUGCAAAAUACAUCCAGUUUCAGACAUCCUGGUAUGUAAUGAGAAUUGCAAUGAGCCAACUGCAGAAACAAUUGCAUUAUGCCAUCCAAGAUUGCGAAAGCUCUUGAAACAUUUUCCAUAAUCGGGUGUAAGUCUUUUCUAAAGUAGUUUCCAUUCAUAAUUCCAAAACUAAUAUGAAGCCAUCUUUUGCUGUUGGUAGUUCAACUUUGUGUUGUGCGUGUGAGUGUGUACAUAGACGCAAGAGGGAAGCGUAUAUGAGCAAAUGUAUCAGGACUUAAAACUGUAAAUAUAGAUCAUGUCCAUAAAUGAAUGAAAGAAAAAAGAUCCUUAAUUUUUUUUUUUUUUUUGUGUCUUUUAAAAUGAUAGG